AGUACUCCAGCUCAAUAGGUGGCGGCAAUGCAUCUAAACUAGAUUCUCAACCACCUUUUAAAACAAAUGUAGAACAAAAACAAGAGGGGAAAACAUGGCGGCUCCUGGUAAAAAGUACGGGUUGAUUUUAUCCCAGAAAAAAGCCCAGACACCCAAAGCUUUUUCAGCAUCAUCUGUGUUUGGAGAUGAUUCUGACGACGAGAUAUCAGUUGGAGAGAGUUUGCAGAAGGAGGCAAUUAAAAAGAAGGUUAUGAAACAGACCAAGCUGGAGAUGCAAAAAGCACUGGAGCAGGACAGUAGUGUUUAUGAGUAUGACAAUGUGUAUGAUGACAUUCAGAAAGAAAGGCUAGAGACUAAUCAGAAAAUCCUUGGUGGCACAGACAAGAAGCCCAAAUACAUAAACCAGUUAUUGAGAGCAGUAGAGGACAGGAAGAAGGAACAAGAGCGCAGAGAUGAGAGAAAGAUUCAAAAGGAAAGAGAAGCUGAAGGGGAGAAGUUUGCAGAUAAGGAUGCCUAUGUCACGUCUGCCUACCGGCAAAAGCUUAAAGAAAGAGAGGAAGAACUGGAGAAGGAGAAGAGGAUGGAGGCGAUGGAAGCGGCCUUGGAUGUUAAAAAGCAAAAGGACCUUAGUGGAUUUUACCGACACCUGCUGAAUCAGACAGUUGGGGAGGAACGCAUACCUGAUGGAACCACUCACAGGGAUGAGAAAAUAAAGGUCGAAAAAGACCAUACACCUCCUCCAUCUCCUCCAUGCGAUGUUGACUCUGCCGACGAGGACGAAGACGAGCCAAGAGACGUGAAGCCUGAGUUCAACAAGUCAGCCCACAACAGCUCCCAUUCCAAACGGCAGUACAGGAAACAGAGAUCCCCUUCCCCAGACAGCAGAGAAGAGGACAACAAAGACAGAACCAGAGAGAGGAAGAGAGACAGCGACAGGGAUAGAGAUAGAGACAGAGAACGGGAAAGAGAUAGAGAUAGAGAAAGGGAAGACAGGCACGGUCAUAGAAGAGAUGAGAAGCAGCACAGGAGGGAGAAAGAAAGGGAUCGGGAGAGAGAUGAUGAACGCAGUAGAGGAAGAAAGGACAAGGAGAGGGAAGACAGACAUGGGAAGGUUGAGCCUAGAGAUAGAGACAGAGAAAAAGAUAGAGAGAGAGAUAGAGAUAAGGCUAGAAAUGAAGAGAGGGAGCGCGAGAGCAAGGAACAAGGGAACCACAAGAACAGAGAGAGGGAGAAGCAAAGAGAAGACAAGAACGACGACAGAACCCAGAAUGAUGAAAAGGAGGGAGAGAAAACUUCAGAGAAAGUAGAGAAAGUGGAGAAAGAGAUCAAAGAGGAAAAGAAAAGUGAGACACCCGCUGAUGAGGCGACUUCAGCGAGCACUGCUCCUGAGCCCAGUAAGUUUGCUAAACGCAGCAACGAUCAGACUCUCAGCUCAGCCAGGGAUAGGUACCUAGCCCGCCAGAUCUCUCGGACGACAGAGAAGUCCUACAUCGAGAAGGAGGACUGAACGAAAGAAGGGUGUGCAUGUUAGAGACGACAUGGAAGGGGGUGGAAUUGAGUUCAGUCAAGUUAACUGCUGUUGCUCUGAAAAGCACAUGGUGGGAUCAAUAGUUGCAAGUGAGUGAGGGUUGUCGUAAAUGUAGUUUUUUUUUUUUUUUUUUUUGCUCAUGUACAGAAAUGUUCUUUGUUAAUAAAUCUCCCACUAGUUGUGAAAAGUGGUUACCACUGUGUUCUUUGAUUAAUGUUUCCUGACCAAAAUGCAAUAUUUCUUGUAAGAUUGAUUGUGCAAUUAAUUGGUAAGCACAAAUACGUUUUCCUGGUGUAUAGAAGACCAGACAUCCUGAAGUGACGCACUGAUGAAAUUACACUUGAACGUGGCUCAAAUUUGUUGGCUUCUCUGUCAAAAUAAGUUAUUCAAAUGGUCAUUAAAGAACACUGAACCAAAGUGCUUCUUGUACAAAGGGGCUUUCCAUUUGUACAUGGUAUGAAUUAUUAAUAUGCCUGAAAAAUUAUUACCAUGUAAAUAUAAUUAUGGUCACUAAGUGUGUAAUAUUACCAUGUAUUUCAUUAGUCAGUAUCUGGAACAAUUAGAGAUGGUUUGUUAUGAAUAAUAAG